CCGGCGCUCUGAUGACGCGUCCAGGCAGCGCCGGGCUCUGGUGAUGUCAUCAGCCCGCGACGCGUCUUCACAUGGCAGGUCUAGGACCACAGAGAUAAAAGCGUCCAGCUUACCAUGGCAACCAGGCAGUGGCACGGGGGCCACUCCUCCCCCGUUCUGUGUGUGGGGGCCGCGGGGGGGCCCGAGGGCCUGCUGGCCUCUGGCUCCGAGGGGGGGCAGGUGACGGUGUGGUCCCAGGACGGGACCAUCCUGGGCAGUGUCGCCCUCGCCAGCGGGGACGACUGCACCGGCGUGGCCUUCUCCCCCGCCGGCCCCGGCCGCCUCUACGCCGCCCACGGCGAGACGGUCAGCGUCCUGGACCCCCGCAACCUCCGGGGGGUCGUCACGGCGAUCCCGGGCGCGGGCGAGGAGGAGAUCAACUGCGUGGCGGUCAGCGAGGACGGCGCGUUCGUGGCGGUGGCGGACGACUCCGGCGCGGUGCGGGUCCUGGACGCGGCCGAGGGGAGGGUCUGCCGCACGCUGCGCAGACACACCAACAUCUGCUCCUCGGUCGCCUUCAGGCCCAGGAGGGCCGGCAGCCUGCUGUCAGCCGGCCUGGACAUGCAGGUGAUUCUGUGGAGCCAGCAGAAGACACGCCCCCUCUGGACCCUCAGCCUGCAGGAGGUGGCGGAGGAGGCCGACGGCGGCCGCGAGCAGAGCGCCGACCAGCUGUUCAACCCGCCGCUGGCGCACUGCGUCUCGGUGGCGAGCUGCGGCAACGUGGUGGCGUGCGCGGCAGAGGACGGCGGCGUGCACCUGAUGCGCGUCGGCGCCGGCUCCAAGCUGGAGCAGCACGGCCUCUUCAAGGCCCACAGCCAGGGCGCCUCCCAGGCCCACUUCCUGGGCUUCCUGUCCCACCCCUACUGGCUCGCCACCGGGGGGAACGACGGCCAGGUGCUCCUCUGGGACCUCAGCCGCAGCCCGGUCGUGGCCCCGGACGCGAACGCCAAACCCGGAGCGCCCGCGGCCCACCACAGGAAGGCCAAAGGUCGGACGAAGGGGAGGGCGACGCCCAAGGGGCGGAGCCACAAGGCCCCGCCCCAAGGAGCGGCCGCCAAGGAGGUCGAGGAAGAGGAGGAAGAACCGGGAGCGACAGGAAACGCAGAUCAGGCGUCGAGCGCGGACGAGGUGCCGAAGUCCGGACCGCGGCUCCAGUUCAGCCACGGAGACAAGGUGAACUGGGUUUGCCCCGUGCAACUGGGAGGAGAACCCAGUCUGGUGGUGGCAGACCAGAGCUCCAGCCUCACCGUCUACUCCCUCUCUGGACUGUAGAGCAAGUCCCUGUGAAGCAGCGACUACUGUACGGAGGUACAACACCUCCGUACAGUAGGUGUUGUACCUCCGUACAGUAGGUGUUGUACCUACUGUACGUCUUGUGUGUUGGUUCUGAUGGAGCUCUCGUAUUGACCGGCCCAUGAAAGGGUUGUGUGUGUGUGUGUGUCGAACCUCUGCAGAACUGACCCUUUGCUCGAUUCAUUUGGUUGACCGCUGAAUGCCAGUGCUACUAGAAGCCAAUGUUCAGACAAUUUAUUUACAAGGCGUAAACAAACGUAAGACGACAACAGGACCACAUUCUCUCAGGUUCCUACAAAUGCAGACACUCGUUACAAAAGUCACAGCACUGAAAUGAUAAACAACCCCAGAGUCGUGCAGACAGCCAUGAACCAUUCGUUUAAAAAUAACAAGGCACGAUCUAAAAGGUAGUCAAAUACUUUGCACUUGACUACUUAAAGGAAACCAAAGCAGAAUACAUUAAAAUGUUGUGCAUUACCAGGUGAUUCUGGGGUUUACAACCUUCAGCUUUCAAGCAGUGUAAACUCUUUGAGAUUGCAGAUAGUUACGUCGUGAUGUGGAAGUACGUGUUGCAUUAAAUAUAUCACCCAUGCAGCUACGGUGUGGUCUCUUCCCAAAACGUAGGAAAGAGGUUGUUUCCUUGAGUGCUGCUCGGAGUUCGUUGGGGAAAAAGUUUAUUUCUGUACUCCGGUCAAAUAAAAUCAAAACAAUGAAA